UGAGAAAAGUAACAGCGGUCACGUGACAACAGUCUGACGCUUUAAGAGCGUUGGGUUACAUUUGCAAGUCGCGUCGCGUUUAUUCAUGAUUAUCUGUCAUUUAGACGUCUCCUGGACUUCUCUUUGGGUCCUGACCCUUGUAAUAUUGUUUGCAAUGUCUUCAGAUGCCGGUGAUAAGUAUGUAUCUGUAGAUUUUGAGGUGUUCGGGAAUGUCCAAGGUGUUUGCUUCAGAAUGUAUACAGAGGCAGAAGCGCAGAAACUGGGCGUGACGGGCUGGGUGAAGAACACUAGACAGGGCACUGUGGUGGGACAGGUGCAGGGACAUCCUGAAAAAGUUAAAGAAAUGAAGUACUGGCUCAGUAAGGUGGGCAGUCCCAGCUCUCGAAUCCACCGCGCUCAGUUCACCAACGAGAAACCAAUCACUAAACUGGAGAUUCGUGGAUUUGGCACUCGCUACUGAAACCCGGCCAGACCGAUCGGCACCGGCAAACAACAAACACUAAUACUUGGUAGAUAGUUUACAUGUACACUUUAUCAGAAAAACUAAAGCUUUACCCCAUAGUUAUAAUUUGUUGUUUCUUAGCAAAGGGUUGUAAAUAUGAAUGCUAUGCAAUUUAAUCAAAGAAAAAGUAUGAUUUUAUCUGAUUCAUCAAUUCAAACUCAGUAUUAUAAAAUAUAAUAUAUUGUAGUGGAUUUUUAUCUUAUUUUUUUAUGUUUUUGAAAGAAGCCUCUUCUGUUCACCGAGGCUGCAUUUAUCCGACCAAAAUUACAGUAAAAUUCUUGAAAAACUACUAUUAAAAAUUACAGAUCUCUAUGUGAAUAUAUAGUGAAGUGACAGUAAAGACAUUUAUAAUGUUACAAAAGAUUUCUGUUUCAGAUAAAUGCUGUUCUUUUGAACCUUGUGUUCAUCAAAGAACCCUGAAGAAAUAAAACGGAUCACAGGUUGCACGGAAAUAAUCAGAAAUGUUUUUUGAGCGGCAAAUCAGCAUUUUAGAAAUAUUUCUGAAUGAUCAUGUGACACUGAAGACUGGAGCAAUGAUGCUGAAAAUACAGAUGCACAUCACAUAAAUAAAUUACACUUUAACAGAUAAUCACAAAGAAACCGGUUAUUUUGAAUUGUAAAAAUAUUUUACAAUUUUUACUGUAUUUUAUAUCAAAUAAAUACAGCCUUGGUGAGGAGAGGAGAUUUCUAUACAUCCAGCCAUUGGUCAAAAACAGAAUCAGCUAUGAAGUAAAGUAUUAUGAAACUAAUAAACGUCUAUUAAAACACUGAA